AUGGCCCAGCAGCUGGACCCCCAGGAGCAGGAAGACCUGAUAACAAGUGGCAUCAGAUUUUUCCCAAACUUUGGAUUCCGACAGACUUGUGGCCUCAAGAGUUUUGCAGGGUGCCUGAGCAAUGUCCCCAUGAUACUGCAGCUUCUCUCCUUCACACUCUUCACGGCUCUCCUGCUGGCCGUCCUCAUCCAAGUCUCCAAGAUCCCCAGCUCCCAGGAGCAGGGGAAGCAGGAGAUGUCCAAGGAACUAACUCAGCUGAAGGCUGGGGUCGCCCGCCUGUGCCGCCCCUGUGCCUGGGACUGGACGUUCUUCCAAGGAAACUGUUACUUCUUCUCCAAGUCCAAACGCAACUGGCACGACUCCGUUACCACCUGCGAGGAAGUGGGGGCCCAGCUGGUCGUGAUCAAGAGUGCAGAGGAGCAGAGCUUCCUACAGAGUCAGACUUCUGACAGUCAGCGCCUCACCUGGAUGGGGCUCUCUGACCUGAAACAUGAAGGCACGUGGCACUGGCUGGAUGGUUCACCUCUGCUGAGCAGUUUCAAGAAGUACUGGAAUGAUGGGGAGCCCAACAAUAUCGGGGAUGAAGACUGUGCAGAAUUUAAAGGCAAUGGCUGGAACGACGUACUGUGUAAUACGGAAAAUUUCUGGAUCUGCAAAAAGCUGGCAGCUGCCUGCUCCAGUGACUGA